AAACCUUCCCUUUAUAUAAGCCUUAGCUGCUUCUACAGACAACUCUGUUGCAAACUUUCAGUGGCUAUCGACUCAGGUCAAUGGUUCUGCUGUUUUAAAUUUUGAUAAAUUUAAGACAAAGCCAAUGACGAAGAAGAAGAAUUCCCUGGUGUUUAUGGACGUGUCCAUUGAUGGGGAUCCUGUAGAAAGGAUGGUUUUUGAGCUUUUCUAUGAUAUUGCUCCCAAGACUGCAGAAAACUUCCGUGCAUUAUGUACAGGAGAAAGAGGUGCCAGUCCAAGUACUGGAAAAUCACUGCACUACAAGGGUUCUUUCUUCCAUCACAUAACGAAAGGCUUCGUUGUGAAGGGUGGUGAUUUUGUCAAUCGAAAUGGGACUGGUGGAGAAAGCAUAUAUGGUUCGAAGUUUCCAGAUGAGUCCCCUAGGCUAAAGCAUGAUUCCUCUGGCCUUUUGUCGAUGGCAAUUGCUGACCGUGACACUCUUGGUUCUCAUUUUAUCAUCACUCUGAAAGCUGAUCAUCAUCUUGAUAGGAAGCAUGUAGUCUUUGGGAAACUUGUGCAGGGUCAUAAUGUAUUGAAGAAAAUUGAAGAUGUGGGUGAUGAAGAAGGGCAUCCAACUGUAACUGUUAAAAUUAUUUAUUGUGGUGAAUAUAAUGAGGAUGGAAAGAAAGUAAAUAAAUCAAAAAUAGGGAAGGAUGGAUCUUCUGAAGCCAACAGCCAUGAAAUGCGGAGGAAGGGAAAGCACAAAAAAUCUUCAAAAGACAGAAGGAGAAAGAGAAGAUACCACUCAUCUGACUCUGGGAGUUCUUCAGAUUCAGACUUUGAAUCCUCAGAAACUGAUAGUGAUUCCGAGUCAGAUAUGUCCUCAUCUGACAUAAGUUCCUCUAGUGAUGACAGGCGCAAGAAGAGAAAGAGAUCUAAGAAAGAUAAACAUAGACGUGGGAAAAGAAGAGAUAAGCGCCGCGACAAAAAACGAAGGAGACGGGAUAAAAAAUUGAAGCGUAGAUCAAGAAGGGAAUCGGGCAGUGAUUCAGCUAGUGAGAGUGACAGUGACAGUAGCUCAGAUGGUGAAGGUCUAGAUGCUCAACAGAAAGAGCUGAAGCGGAAAGAUCAUUCUCAGAAAAAAGUGGCUGAAAUAAAGCCUCCCUUAGUGUUGGAGAAAGGUGUACCUACCAUCCAUCAUAAGGAGGCGGAAGUCAGUAUGCUAGAGAAUGAUGAAAAAAUCGUGAAGGAAAAUGGAGAGCGGCGCAGCAAUGGCAUUGGAGCUGGCUACAGAUCUGACAGAAGUGAAGAGAGGCAGCCUGACGUGAUGGAUGAUCAUCCGGGCAAAUCUAGGAGUCGAAGCAGGAGUCCUAAGCGAGCCAUGAGUAAGAGUAUGAGUAUUAGUCCUAGGAGGAGUAAAAGCAAGAGCCCAAGUGUCACACCAAAAAGAAGAUUGAACAAAGCACCAGGUGCUGGUAGAAGCCCUCCUCCAUCAAGGAACAUCAGCAGGAGUCCCGCUAGAAGCAUCAGCAGGAGUCCCAGCCGAAGCAUCAGCAGAAGCCCAGUAAGGGGCGGGAAGGGGAAAAGUAUUAGUAGAAGCCCUGUGAGAACUCGUUCUCGUAGAAGUGUCAGUGCGAGUCCUGUAAGGUCCCUUUCUCGAAGCCGCCGGAGCAGGAGUUCUCCCAGAGCAUCAUCUCGAAAAACAAUCAGCAGAAGCCCUGUAAGAGUCUCAAGGAAGAGUGUAAGCCGCAGUCCUGUGAGAUCAAAUGCAAGAAGCUUAAGCAGAAGCUCUGGCAGGGUCCCCUCUAAGAGAAGCAUUAGCCGUAGUCCAGUUAGAUCACCUGAAAGAACCUUAAGCAGAAGCACUGGUAGGGUCCUCUCAAAGAGAAGCAUCAGCCGUAGUCCAGUUAGAUCACCUGCAAGAAGCUUAAGCAGAAGCACUGGUAGGGUCCCCUCAAAGAGAAGCAUUAGCCGUAGUCCAGUUAGAUCACCAGCAAGAAGCAUUAGCAGAAGUCCUGUCAGAGCACCAAGUAGAAGCAUUAGCAGAAGUCCUGUCAGAGCACCAAGUAGAGGCAAUCGUCGUAGUUAUUCUAGGAGUCCUAGCCCUGUUCGUAGAGCAAGGACGCCUCGUCGGAGGAGUUUGUCGAGGAGUGUUUCACCUGAUGCUUCACCAAAGCGAAUCAGAAGGGGAAGAGGUUUCAGCGAACGAUACUCGUAUGCAAGAAGGUAUCGAACCCCUUCUCGGUCUCCUGUGAGGUCAUACCGGUUCAAUGGAAGAUAUGACCGUGAUAGAUAUUCUAGUUACAGAAGGUUUUCCCCUAGGCGUCACAGGAGCCCACCGCCACGUGGAAGAACUCCGCCAAGGUACCGAAGCAGGAGGAGCAGGACACCAUCUGUGUCACCAAGCCCACGGUACCGAGCUCGACGAUAUAGUCGGUCCCGUAGCCCAGUUCGCAGUCCUUCCCCAGUUCGUCGCUCUCCUCGUGUGGAGAAGCGUGCGUCAUACUCCCGGAGCAGGAGUCCAUCAAAAUCCAGGUCUUCUGUGGAAUCACAAUCUCCACGUAAAGCAAGUAGAGACAGGUCAGGAUCAUCAUCCAGGAGCCCCGAUGGAAAGAAAGGCCUGGUAUCCUAUGGCGAUGGUUCUCCCUACUCAGGUCAGAGGUGAAAUUGUUGUCCAGAGGGUACUUCAAUUUGGUGAAAUACUGUUGUUACCUUCAAUGAGCUCGAGGCUUUCAAUUUUUGAACAUCACCUGCGACUUUGGUUGCAUGCUGGAAUCCGUGAAUGUCACUUCUAUGGACUGAGAUGGCUUGUUGAACAAUUCUAGGACUAGAAUAAGCUAUAGGCGGUACUUAUGAACAUUUGGCACAGCCUUAGUUGUGGAGUUAUUGCAGUUAUUGCGGUAUUUGUUGGAGUUGGAGACUUUUGGAUGUUGUUGCUUAGUUGUCUGUUAAGCAUGAGUUGAGUUUAUAAAUUUUUGGUUCGUGUCAGUAGAUUUGUUCCAUACUACCCAGCUUACAGAUGAUGGUUACUACUUUUAAUUAGGAUAAUCAGUUUAUUAUGGUAUUUUCGA